AUGGCAACCAUCACAGCCUCACCUCCUACAAUGUCACCGCCUUUGGGCGCAGCCACGACGAGUCCUCCCGCUCUUCCUCCUCUGAUAACAACAACACCUACGCUGCGUAGGGCGAGUUCACAAAGACCGACAUCGUAUGUCGAAAGACGAAUGUCCACAUUUUCGAACCAUUCCAAGGCCUCUUAUCACCCGCAAUCUAGACCAUCAUCACACGUUUUUCCAGUUUUCCAUUCGAGCCUUCCUUAUACCCUUGUACGAGAUUUUGCAUACUUGUCGACACAUCCUCUGCAUUAUGGUCCGCCUCCGAACCAGUCGGGGCUAUCGACCCCGGUUAGCGAGUCACGGAGACUGUCGGAUCCUGCUGUUUCCACCUGGGAAGAAGGCAGAGGGCACUGGUCUGCAACACCCCCUUGGAUGUCAGAGACAACUCCAUCUUCGUGGGGGCGAGACCGACUCCCUGCAAUGGCGUUCAAAGAUGACGGACCCCCAUACAGCGAAGACGAUGAUAUUCAGUCGCCCAUUGUCACGACGAGCAGACAUAAAAAACACAAGUCCAAUGACCGAGGGAGGUCCCCCGGCGAUGCAGGACCUCAUCGUGGGUAUUUAGUCGACGUCACCCUUCCAGAUGAAGUUGACGGGCCGGGCGAGGCUGUAGAUACCUACGACAAUCACGCGCUGCGAUUUCCUGGCCAGCCGCAGCACCGAGAUUCCAAUUUUGCGAAACCACUGCAAAGAAAGCACUCGCCUAUCCAAGUGCAAGAGCCGAUGUCCGAGGAUGAAUAUUCCGAAGCCGAGGACGACACGCGCUUUUCCAAAGAUUAUUCAUUUACAAUCGCCAGCCCGGACGAGGAAAUGCACGGGAAAGCGGUGGCCUUAUUUGAUUUUGAGAGCGAACACCAAAACGAGUUGCCGCUCAAGGAAGGCCAGAUAAUUCUGGUAUCGUAUCGUCAUGGCCAGGGAUGGUUGGUCGCUGAAGACCCUCGGACAGGUGAGAGUGGUCUCGUGCCUGAGGAGUUUGUGAGACUCGUGAGAGAUAUCGAGGGUGGUUUGCACGGCCUGAAUUCCGUGACAUUGGACGACACAGAAGCCAUGGCAAGCCCUGUCUCGACGGAUCCGAGCACCAUAAACACGCCAGUACCGAAUAACCAUGACUUUCCUGCCGAAAAAGCGACUGAGAAGCCGAUGAAUGGUGGAUACGCAGGUGCAAAACAUCCUCCCGUCCAGUCCAACUUUAGCACCAGCAGUCGAGACUUUAGCCCGUACCCUUUACCGGGGAAGAACGAGGACAGCACUCCGACCCAGACCACGAAGCCAAAGCAUGAGGAUAUCUCUGACACCAGCUGA